AUGACGAAAUCUCUACAGACGCCGAAAAAUUUCCAAAAUUCUUUGAGGCUUUAUCGAGAGGCAUUGCAAAAAUCAAACUACAUGCCAUCGAUGUCCACUCCAGUUGAGACUCAUAACAUUCCGGUAUUGAUAAGUCAAUACGUUGCUGCUGUGGGUAACAAUGAUGAUGGUGAUGUAGCACACAAUUACGUUUCCGAAAUUGUUGAUCUCUUCAUCAGGAAUCAACUAACAUUACUUCAAUUUGUUCAGCACUUGGGACCUACUUUGACUUCAGAUAACGAAAUCAUGAGGAGUCGUGGUAUGCAAUUCUUGAGCUCAGUGUUGGGUAAUUUGCCACUGUCCCAACUCUCACGACAAGAUGUGGGAGUAAUGAUUGAUUUUUUGAUGAGUAAAUUUGAUGAUAAAUUGAGUUUGAUCCAUGCAUUGCAAGGGAUCAACACAUUGAUUAUGUGUAAGGCAUACACUGCUAGUUUGAACAGUGAAAAGAUUUUGAACAAGCUUCUUACUGGAUACGAUCCCAGAAAGAAUUUGGCUAAAGUUCGCUACGAAGGGUUUCAAAUAAUGAAUAGUUUGUUUGAGAAUAACAAGAGCUUCGUAUUGACUUCGGUGCCCAACUUAUACAUCAAGGCAUUUAUACACAUUGCAUCAGGAGAAAAAGAUCCACGAAACUUGUUACAGUCGUUCCAAUUGAACAAGACAAUCAAUGCUGAAUUUGAAUUUUCUGAUUCAAAUUUACACCAGGAAUUUGUGACUGAUUUAUUUGAUGUUUGUUUUUGUUAUUUCCCCAUUUCGUUUACUCCACCUGCUAAUGACCAAUACAAGAUAUCUCCUGAGCAGUUGAAGACGGAUCUAAGACAAGUUAUUGCAUCACAAUCAAGAUUUGCGUCAGAGUCGAUCCCCAGCUUAGUGGAGAAACUAGCAUCCACCAAUCCAGUUAUACGUAAUGACACAUUGAAAACAAUUGCCAUGUGUGUGGAGAAUUACACUGUUGAUGUGAUUGAUUCGCAUUGGCUUUCGUUGUGGAAUGCAUUAAAGUUUGAAAUUUUGCAUAAUGAGUGUGAAGUGUUCAAACCCACCAUGGAAAGCAUUGUUCCAAAAGAUUAUACGUCAAUUGAUGAUAACGAUGAAGUAAAAGUGUUGUUUUUAACUUUGGUGAUAUUGGAAAAGUUGAUAAAGAAGGUUCUGUUACCGCUGCUGCGGGAAUCGAUGUUGCAAACUGUAGUUGAUGAAUUGGGACCUAAUUUGCAAAAAGACAAGAGUAAACCAUCAGUGAUUAUUUUGGCACUGUUGGCAAGCACUUCUGUGGAGAAUUACAACUUUGUUGUUGAUUAUUUGUUUGGAUCAAGUGUUUGGGGGAAAUACUUUAACGUUGAGGGUGAAGCAGAGGACAAUAACCAAGAUGAUUUUGAUACCGAUAUGGAUAUGGAUAUGAAUAAAAACAAUGAUUUCACGCUAAACAUAUCCAAACAGCGUGAUUUAGUUGAUAAUUUAGGAUUUAUCUUGAUUGCCCAUCCAAUGGCAGUUGAAACCCAUUUGCACAACUAUAAAGACCAUUUACUCAUUUUUCUAUGUCAAUUAUUAUCAAACUCAUCCAGUUUGGAAAAGACCUUGAGGUGUAAAGUUGUACAACAAUUGUGCAAGUUGAUGACAAUACCGAGUUUUUUGACAUUGACCAAUGUACAAUUGAUUUUACAGAUUUUCAAAGGGAUAAUUGAAGAUUGUAUUGUCACGGAGUUGAAGGAUGUUGUUGUUGUUGAUGAAAUUGUGGCUCGGUUGUCGUUUAUCAUGGAGGGGCAACCAUUGGUUACUGCCUCUAUAAUUGAUGAAGUUAUAAAUCCAAUCUUGAAUAAAGACGCUGUAUCUGAUGUCCAAUUCAAAUUUGCACUUGAUAUCAUUCAACAAUUAACUAUCAAUCAUCAAAUUUUGGAAGUUGUGUCCAUUAGAAUCAUGAAUAAGCAAAACUUUACAUUGGAUUCAUUACAGAUUGUUGUCGAAUUCUUUGUCACCUUGUUCAAUAAAGUGGAAACUAUCCAACCAUUUUUGACAAAUUCAUGGUAUAAGAAAUUCAUCCCCAAUUUUAUGCAGUUGUUGUACAAUUUGGUUCCUACUGAUGCAAAUGAUGAAGCAAGUUUGGCAUUAUUGGAAGUAAGUGGUGAUUUACUUCGUAUUAUUGUUCGAUUCAUUGAUGUUACCAAACAUCAAGCAAUCUUGAAUGAAAUGGAGCUGAUUUUUUGUACUGAUGGGGAUUCGAAACUGGUGUUUCAGUAUCAAGGAAACUUGUUAAAUCAGCCAAGUGGCUACAUGAGCAUUUAUAACAAGAUUGUUUCAGCUAUUGAUAAAUCAUGUAAAUUGACAAGUGUUGCAACGUCAUUGGAUGCAGUAACGACGAUCUUGUCGAAUUUACAUGGCAAGUACUUGCGAGUGCAGUAUCUACAACACCUAUGUCUUUUAGUGAACAAAUUUGGGCCAGUGGAGGAAUUCUCACCAGAAUUGAGUUUUUCCGAUAUGAAUCAAUUUGAAAUAUAUGUAUGGACAUUGAAAGCUCAUUUGAUGAAGAUUGAUCAGAGUGGAAUGGUAUCGUUGACUGAGUUGAUGCAAACUUUCCAAUCAUCAACUACUGCACCACAACAUAAACAAUUGAUAAUACUGGCGUUGCCAUUACUUGUUAUUGAUGUAAAAUUGUUUAUCAAUACACCAGCGGCAUUAGCAUCAAGGAAAGUCAUAUCCAAGGUGAAUAAUCUCAAUGUGAAGCUAUUGUACAAACAACAGGUGUUUGAGCAAUUGUUGCCAUAUUUGAUGGACGAAAACGACUCGAAAACCGAUGCCAUGGUGAAUAUACAAGCAUUGGCAAUGAUUUUGCCGCAUAUUUCCCACAAGAUCUUGGUGCCGCAUUUAUCAACAUUCACACCAUUUGUAAUCACUGCAUUGACCAUGACCACCACUACCACAACCACAACCACAACCACAACCACAACCACAACCACAACCACAACCAAAAAUUGCCAUGCGUCGAGGGAAAAUAUACAAUUAAUCUAUCGUGCAGGAUUGAACAUUUUGGAAAUCAUUUUACGAGAAGAUGCCACCAUGAUGCAACUGCACUUGUCAAAAAUCGUGCCUCAAUUGAUGCAAUUGGCGACAAAUUCCACCACCAAUGGUUCCUGUCCCCAAAUCAGGGAAUUGGCCUUGCAAAACUUGAUUCUUGUGUUUGAGAAAUUUAGUGUUGAUGUUGUUGAACGAUACAAGAGUUUAGUGUUGAAACAAUUGGAAGUUUGUUUGGAUGACAAGAAACGUAAUGUGAGGAAAUUGGCGAUUGAUUUACGACAAAUCUUGUACGAGAUGAGAUAA